AUGAAUGUUGCUAUUGGAAGUGUUUCAUUUGAUAAUUUGGAUUUAAAUGAAGAAGCCAGAAAUCAAGGAUCAUGGGUGAAAAAGGUUACUGCAUUUAAAAGAGUUGGUAGUGAUAGAACUCAUAAAGCUCAGGCAUUCCGUAGGCUCACAACAACACUUAAAGUUGCAAAAAUCAAAGUUCAUAUCUUGGCCAUUUUGCUUGUCGAAGGACAACUCCAUGGAGUUGCAGAGCUCGAGACUUAUAAUAAAAAAUAUGUUCCAACAAAGGAGACUCAAAAGUCAUGGGUUGGGAUUGUAACCGCGUUUAGGGGGUACAUAUUUUGGAUUUACAAAGGUUCAUUUUCGAAAGGUGCAUCCUCUAGGAGAAUUACAGGAAGCCAUGCCAUUUAA